AUGCUUCUCCGCAUUCUUCAGUCUCACCAACAUCUAUUCCGCAUCAAGCCUACUAUACAGCCCCAGCUUCUCUUGCUGAAUAGUGCUCGCCACUAUCCCAGUCUACAUUUAUCAAUUCAAACAGCCUGCUCUGCUGCUUCGACGACUUUUGCUCUAACCCUUCCGCAACUAGCCGCACAAUACAGCUCAUAUAGUUCCAGCCCCGGGAAACUAUUCCGCAACACUCCAUCCAAAAUGGCCACCGCUACUAAGAUUAAUCUGUCACCGGUGACAGACUUGGGCAUCUACAGCUCAAAUGUGAGGGGAGACACUGCGCGCACCGUGAGCGAGAUCCUGCAGGAAGACAUGACCUCUCACCAUGUCUUCUUCAACGAGCAGAGGUUCCAUAAUCACAUACCUCACCAGCUCCUGAGUAUCUAUGCCCUUGGUGCAGCACCUGAGGAUAUCAAGGCUUGCUAUGAGCGGAACAAGUCAUACCAGAGACCCGCUCUUCCAACAAGCCAAGAUGUCAUCCAAUCCAUGCAUGACGUCGCUCAAUUCCAGGAGUAUUUCGGGAAGGAAGAGCAUUACCCUAACUACCUAGCUUUCUUCCAGCAUGAGAUUGACGCAAAGGGCGUUGCGGAGGUUCUGAACAUAUAUGUCUUCGCCGGAGAUGAGCGAGCGGAGAGUAUGAUGUGUCGGUUAUUUGGCGGCCUCGUUCACCCGCUCAUCCACCUCGGUUUCGGUAUAGAAUUCAACCAGCCUGCCAUUGUAGCUCAAGGUCUUGCACAGGCAGCUGUGCACGAUGACUGGCUUGGUCGUGCAUUCUUCCUACCCGCCGAGAAACUGGCCGGUGGUAUCGGAAAGCCUGGACAGAAGUCGUUGCUCCAGCUUUUAAAUGAGAUGCGGGCGGAUAAGGCUCUGAUUGAGAGUGUUAAGUGGUCUGACUCUAACAAGAUCAAGGACGGUGUGCUCCACAGAGCACCAGAGCAGAUGUUGAAGUAUGCUUCGCAAUACACUGUCUCUGAAGACCAGGUCGAGGAGCGGUUGGCAGAUAUGAUCAAUACAGUCGCCUACUACACCAGCGCUGCGCAGCGUCCAACCAGAGAGAUGAGGCUUGAUUUCUUCUUCAUCCAUUGUGUCAAUUCCUCUAUCUUCUUUUCCAAGAUUCUAAUCCUCCCAUUCUUGGAUCAAAAAUCCAAACUGCGCAUGCUGGAAUGGAAGGGACGCAUUGAUCUUUUGAUGUAUAUUUCUCGAGGAACGCCUGACCUUCUGUUGGAUGAGGUGGCCAAUUAUCCCAUGAACGAAGACUGGUCUCAGAUUUUCGCACGAAGCAUCGCUCAUCCCGGUGAUGAUGGACAUCUAGCUAAGCUUGCACGGGCUUUGGCGCAUGGUCAGCAUGUCUGUCAGGCAUACGAGAGCAAACAUCCUGAGGUGCCGAUCAAGGGGGAUAUGUGGCUAAGGAUUGGGAACAUAGCUGUGGACUCUACUGUAGAGGAGGGGGAUAGGCCAAUGUGGGUCCGUUCUACUGGAUUUGAUGAAGCAUGGGAGCCUCAACAGGCGCAUUUGUGA